AUGAAGGUUGACACUACCACCGAAAUGGUCAAAAUGGCGGCCCCGCCUUUCGAUAAGCCACUUGGUCACGACUGCCCUCCCGAAUCAUGGAUCAAGGCGAUCACCUGGAGGCCAUGCCAACUGACUGUUGGCGACAGGCUCUUCUCGGGCAAAUAUCACGUUGUGCUCGAAUCCCAGCAACCCCGAAUGGCCUUCAAACUCCACAACAAAGCCCGAGGCCAAGUGGUAUUCACGGCCAAGAACUGCUCUAUCGAGACCGGCUUUGAGCAAGAUACGCCGGACCUUGUCAAUCAGCAUCGUGGCCAAUUUGAACUGAAAGGCGGCCUGCUCUCGUUCAUCAAGAUUCGGCCCUCCGUCCCACCAGCAAUGCCCUCCAAAGCAACGGCGUCUUUGAUGGCCCGACUUCUCGAGUGCGGCUACCCGUCUACAUUGCUCAGUGUCAACUAUCGGAAUCACCCGCAAAUCCUCGAGCUUUUCAACAGUACUAUCUACAAGGGCACAUUGCGACCCGGUCCAAGUAACAGCGAGCCCGAGCGCGUGAGGGACACGUGGGACGAUUUCACGAGCAAGCGCCACCAUUUCCACGGUCAAUUCUUAGCUGGUGUUCGGCGCUUGUUCAUCAGUGUCAUUGGAAAUGCCACGAGGGAGGAGCAUGGCACGUCGUUCGAGAACGUAUUGCAAGCAGCGGUCAUUCAGGAUCUCUUGGCUGAACUAUACUCCUUUACCACCGCCGGGGAUCAGAGUAUCAGGGCUGGAGAUGUGAUGAUCAUCAGCCCGUACAAAGUUCAACGCCGGCUUAUUUCACGCACCCUAGGUGAAAGUGGCCUGGAAGCCCGCAACAAUCUAACAUUCGACGCUGCUCAAGGGCAAGAGGCACCCAUUGUCCUGCUUUCCUUGGCAAAGCCCGGGGAGGUAGCGACCAGUCUGGGCUUCAUGGCAAAUAAAGAAAGACUGAACGUCGCGUUGAGCCGGGCCCAAAAGGUCUUGAUUGCGGUUGGCAAUUUGUCAGUAUGGGGUGAAGGAUUUGUCAAGUCUCUCGCAGCCAAGAACAAUUCAGGAAAGGUGCUUCGAGAGCUUCUGAUGGACGUCAAGCAAAGAACCACGUCCUCACAUGGGUUGAUAAGCGUAUGGUGA